CGUAACUAUUUUGAGAUAUUGUGGGAAAUUGUCUAUCUGUGCAAGUACCGAUUGGGAAGAAGUCCGCCCUUAACAUUUGUCGCCCCCCUGGAGGCCUUCCUCCUCUAUGGCGAACUAGACUGUCCACCGAGCCAGCAGCUACGUCAUCUGGAUGAAACCCGCGUGCAUGUUGUCACUAGAUUGCGGAUACAGAACUUUUUGACACACUGCGCAAGGCCUUCCCUUGUUUGUCUGCCAUCUGAGGAUCAUGACAGGACUUUUGGUGAAGUCGUGGCAUUCAAGCUUGCCAAAUUACUCACAGAACCUUCUUCAUCAACAGAAGAGUCCUUGGUGGAAUGCAGAUUGAUGGUUUGGUCGGCGUUCCUGCCACUUCUUUCUCAACCGGUGUUAACUGGGCUCUUUAACGAGUACUCUGAUGUGGUGCUUAUCGGUCUCAGCCAUGCCAACGACCUCAUUCGUGCCAAAGCCUGCGCUGCACUCUGCGUUAUCACCUCAAAACUGCCCUCUCUGCACCUUUCCUGUGCUACACCCUUGCCCCUUCGUCAACUCGCUUUCACCGGACUAGCUAGUCUCCUUGCCUCACCUGACCCGACCGCACGCCAAACCGUAAUUCAUGGAUUUUUUGAAAUGUCCCAGUGCGUUCGUAACAGGUGUGCCACCCUAAAAGGUCCCACCAAGGGGAUGUUACAUGGUGUUGCUGGUGGCAAAGGUCUUCGUGUUGCGGGUUAUCCGGACGUACAAAGACGAUUCUUUGAUUUAAAGCCUGUUAUGGACCAAGAGUCUCCGGCUGUUGUCGACCUCUGUCCACUGGAGGACUUGGAUGACCUCCUCCACUUCGCCUCCCUCUUAUGGUUUCGCUGUACCUCCUCCCACAGUCCUGAUCCCCUCACCUUUGCGGACCAGCCCCCUGCGGUCGGUGACUGUGUCGAUGACGCUGAUACGGCUGCCUUCAUCACCAAACUCCUGAGCAGACCCCUCUUUCCACCUGGCAUGCCCUACCAGCGCCAAAAGACCCUCACUACCCUCCUACGUCACAUGUUUGACUUGCUUUACUUUGAGGAGCCAACCGAAAAGCAACGACCAACUGCAUCUUCAAAGAGCAUCAAAAAAACUGGCUUUGAACCCUUUAGUUUCCGCGUAGAGGGUGCAUCUAUGAGCAAGGGUUCGGAGACUCGACUCCUCCGGCAAACCUGCGUUUUGUCGACAGAUGGCAUAACCAAAACAUCUGAGAUGCCCAUCUUUCACUACGACCCCAGCACGGCGAAGAACUUGCAGGAACGCCUAAACGAACUGCUUCCCGGACAGGAUUUUCCCAGCCCUAGGGAGCUGUCAACUUGGCUUCAGCUCAUAGCCUCCUUGCCGAACGUGAAUACCGAGGUGGGUGUCUAUCAGCUGCUUCCUCUUAGCUCUCCUCAGACACGUGCAGUCCUCAAAUAA